UUUGGAGGCAGUGUUGGAGGCAGUGUUGGAGGAGUGGUGGUGGUGGUGGUGGAGAAGCAAGCCUCGGGAGGCGCCUGGUGCUGGGGUCUCCUCGCCUCACCGGCAAGCACGAGUGUCCUGGCGAGGGGGGUCACCAUGGGCUGCUGGAGCAGGUGCUGGGCCACCUUACGACGGGAGUUUAAGUUGAGCAACUUUAAGCUCGACCACCAGGACCCGUACCUUUUCCUUGCGUCGGAGUGGCAAGGUCACCCGGUGUCGGGCGUGAAGGCGUGGUAUGUGGCCUACAGAUGGGCGUGGGCGGUGUACCACGUGUCCUGGUGGGCGGCCAACUUCGCCAACGAGGGCGGCAUCGAUGCGGGCGUCCAGAGGAAGGCCUAUCACUUCAUCUACCUCACCAACUGGGCCUACCUCAGCAUAACAGUAAUGAACGUGGUACACGCAUAUAUAAUGACCGCCAGCUGGCUACGGUACAGGAGGACAGCGCAGCUCCCCAAGACCAUUACAACUGACCUUAAGGUGUUGUGGGUGUUGCAGAACAUAGUGUUCCUACCUGCUCUGCUCGUCACAGCUGCCUACUGGAGCGCCAUCUAUAAUCCAGUGAACCCCGUGACGGCGCUCAACGCGGAGGUCCACAUCAUCAACACCGUCUACGUGCUGAUCGACCUGUGGACGGUGGCCUCCCCACUGAGGAUCCUCCACUUCUACAUCCCCUUCAGCUUCAUGCUGGUCUACCUGGUCUUCACACUCAUCUACUGGGCGGCGGGGGGCACCACUCCCGACGGUGGCACGGCCAUCUACCCCAUCAUGGACUGGGAAAAUUUGUCCAUCACACUUCCCUUCGUCGUCUGCUGUUCCGUGUUCAGUCCUCUGAUGCAGGGCGUGGUGUGGGGGCUGUAUAGAGUGCGGGUGAUGGUUCGCCAUGGCUGCUGCAGAAGCUCCGUGGUCGCCAACCUCCCCCACCAGGGCACUAUGGAUGUCAUCCUCGACCGGGACGCCUCCAUGGAGAGCGUCGCCCCUCACCUUCCAGAGCCCGUCACUUCCCAGACAGUGUAGCCGUCGAUAUUCACUUCCUAGGCAAUAUUACCAGGAUCUAGUUACUUCCCAGAUAGCGUAGUCGUGGAAAGUCGCUUCCCAGACAGUAUAAACGUGGAUAGUCACUUACCAGACAGUAUAAACGUGGAUAGUCACUUACCAGACAGUAUAAACGUGGAUAAUCACUUACUAGACAGAAUAAACGUGGAUAGUCACUUCCCAGACAGUAUUACGUGGGUCCGUGACGUCUGCGACAGUAAACCUGACGCCCAUCACCUAUUAGCUAUGAUACAGAAACGUCUCAGCAUAUUAGAAGCGCCGUCAAGAAACGCAAUUAACCAUAUAAUUAAUAGCAAAUGUUAAUCAAGAAUCUGAACUAACGGAUAAAAUCCGACAUCGACGCGAUAUUCAUUCCAAUACUAAUUGGGUGCAAUAGAAGUCUCAGCGUUUUUAAUAUACAGUUUGGUAAUAUACAUUUCCGGAAAAUUGUAUGAGAACUAGUGUUAAUUACUCCACAUAAGAAUACAUUCCCUUGUAUCGAAUAAAUCUGUGAAUGGCAAGUAAACAAGUGGAAUGUAUGGAACUCGUGACCAAUACAAUUAUUCUGAAAAAUGUGUAGCAAUUACAAUGUAAUUAUUUUAAUAUUUAUUCGUCAAAAUAUGAAAUCAAAUGGUAGAAAAUAUGUCUGGAGAGACAAUUCGCCGACCCCUCCUCCUUCAACCCCUCUUCUACUACCACCCCCCACCCUUAGAACCCCCCCUUCUACUCCCCCCCCCCCACCCUUAGAACCCCCCUUUUCCGUACCCCCAGAUACUCCCAAGCCCACACCCCCCCUUCCUCGCUCACCCAGUAAUUUACCCCAUAACGAGGCACUUAAUUUAUCAGUCAAUAUUAUUUCUUCACGCUCGAAGCUGUGUACUUGAAGGAUUCUACUCGGCGUGUCAAGGUGCCCCGCGCGCAGUCAUCAAUGGUUCACUCGGAGGGUCAAUAGACGAGCGAUUGCACGUGAUUGGCAACAAAAGGAUUAUUCGAAUCCACAAUUUAGUUCUUAAAAUCACGACGUUUUAAAUUGAUAGAUUUCGUGAAUCAAUUGAUAAGGAGAACCAAAAUGUGUUUCAAUUGUUGAAAGUGAAACGUAUGUGAAAUUGAAAAUUAUUUGAUGCGGUAAAAGACGGUGGUUGUGGUGAUUGUGGUGGUUGUGGUGAUGGUACCGUCGCCAAGAUCCACCAGCUACCACCUUGCGGAAUAUAACAAUGGGAAGUGAUCGCAAUCGUCGAAGAGAUAAAUGGACUCUAAACAACACAAAAGACUCUAGAAAACAAACCUUUCGACAACGACACUCGG